UUUCUUCUCCUCCGUAUACGCCGGAGAGGAUAGCCUCCUCGUUAACAUGACUCUCGUUCGCCGUGCGGCGGCUCUCGGCGCGUUUUGCUUGGACGGAAGCUUACCUGCGUAUCAUCUAGACAGAGGGUUCGGUUCUGGUUCAGACAAUUGGCUUCUGCAAUUUGAGGGAGGUGGGUGGUGCAAUGACGUGGCAUCGUGCGCGGAGAGAGCGACGAGCCGACGCGGUUCGACACGUUUCAUGGACAAGCGUGCCGUCUUCUCCGGCAUCAUGAGCAAUAAUGCCGCUCUCAACCCAGAUUUUUACAACUGGAACAAAGUGAGGCUACGUUACUGCGAUGGAGCUUCAUUUGCCGGAGACAACAUAUUUGACAACGGGACAUCACUGCUUUAUUUCAGAGGACAAAGAAUUUGGAAAGCCAUCAUUCUUGAUCUUCUUCCGAAAGGAUUAGCUCACGCCCGUAAGGCUUUGUUGACCGGUUGUUCAGCGGGCGGUUUGGCAACGUUUUUGCAUUGUGACAAUUUCACGAGUUAUUUGCCUAAGAACGCAAGUGUUAAGUGCAUGAGUGAUGCUGGAUUCUUUCUUGACGCAAUCGAUGUAGCAUCAAACCGGACCAUGAGAUCCUUUUACGAACAACUUGUCUCUUUACAGGGUGUGCAGAAAAACCUCGAUCCAAGCUGCAUGCGUUCAUUUUCUCCAGACCCGACUCUGUGUUUUUUUCCGCAAUAUGUGUUGCGAUUUAUCAAAACGCCAUUUUUCAUCCUGAACUCAGUCUAUGAUGUUUUCCAGUUUCAUCAUGGGUUAGUUCCACCUUCUGCCGAUCGGACCGGACGUUGGAACCGAUGCAAGCUUAAUGCAACUGCGUGUAAUCCGCAUCAGCUCGAUGCUCUUCAAGGUUUCAGGCGAGAUAUGUUGGGAGCUCUGAUGAAUUUCUAUAAAAACUCGAGGACAGGAGGAAUGUUCAUCAACUCAUGCUUUGAUCAUUGCCAAAGUGCUCUGCAAGAGACUUGGUUCGCCAUUGAUUCACCUAGAAUUCACAACAAGACAAUUGCAGAAGCGGUGGGAGAUUGGUAUUAUGGGCGAAAGAUAUCCAAAGAGAUUGAUUGCGCGUAUCCAUGCUUUGUUGACCGGUUGUUCAGCGGGCGGUUUGGCAACGUUUUUGCAUUGUGA